AUGGCAGAGACUGUUGUGGGAGCACUGAUUGGCAAGCUAGGUACAGCAUUGGCGAAAGAAGCAGCAACCUACGGUGCAUCCCUGCUUUACAAGGAGGCUUCUGCCAUAAAGGGUCUUUUUGGCGAGAUCUGUAGAGCUGAGAGGGAGUUGGAGAGCAUGAAGGCAUACCUUCGUGAGUCAGAGAAGUUCAUGGAUACUGAUGAGACCACAGGCAUCUUCAUCAAGAAUAUCCGGGAACUAUCCUUCCGGAUUGAGGAUGUUGUUGAUGAGUUCAUGUACAGGUUUGAGGGUGACAAACACGGAGGGUUUGCAUCUAGGAUGAAGAAGAGGAUCAAACAUGUCAAGAUCUGGCGCCGCCUAGGUCUUGAGCUCCGUGAUAUCAAUGUUGAGCUUGAAGAGACUGUGAAAAGGAGGGACCGCUAUAUCAUCCCAGGAAUGGAGAGACAUGCUGGAAGCGGUGACCAUCAUACCAGAUCCACCAAUCAAGCUUUGUGUUUUGCAAGGGAAGAGGAAUUAGUGGGUAUUGAAGAUAAUGCAACCAAGCUCAAGGGGUGGCUGGUUGGUGAUUUGGAUGAAAGGAACACCAAAAUCACCACAGUUUGGGGGAUGGGUGGAGUAGGUAAAACUACUUUAGUUCAUCAUGUCUAUAAGAUUGUAAAAGUGGAUUUUGAUGCUGCUGCAUGGGUAACUGUGUCUAAGAGUUAUAAAGUUGAGGAUUUGCUGAAGAAAAUUGCUACAGAGUUCGGCAUGCCAAUCGAUUCUAGCAUUAUGGAUAUGAGAAGAUUAGUUGAGGUCAUCUGUAAACAUCUCGAAGGUAAAAAGUACAUCUUGGUGUUGGAUGAUGUGUGGGAACAAGAUGUGUGGAUAAACAAUAUCAUGCCUGUGUUUCCGGCUAAAUGUACUAGCCGAUUUGUUCUCACAUCAAGAUUAUCUGAAGUUGCAUCUUUGGCAAGUGGUAAUUGUGCAAUUAAGCUGGAACCGCUGCAAGACCAUCACUCUUAUAUGUUAUUUUGCAAGUUAGCUUUUUGGAACAAUGAUGAUAAAAGGUGUCCUGAAGAAUUAUGGGAUUUGGCCACAAAGUUCUUACAAAAGUGUGAAGGUUUGCCUAUUGCGAUUGCAUGGAUAGGCCGCCUAUUGUCCUGCAAACCCCCAACAUACACUGAAUGUAAAAGUUUGUAUGAGAAGUUAGAGCUGCAGUCGGUUACAAAUACAAUCCCUGGUGUUGAUUCCAUUCUGAAAAUCAGCUUGGAGGAUCUUCCAUAUGAAUUGAAGAAUUGUUUCUUACAUUGUGCACUAUUUCCUGAGGAUUAUGAAAUGAAGAGGAGGUUAGUCAGGCAUUGGAUUACUUCUGGAUUCAUCAAGGAAAAGGAGAAUAAAACACUAGAACAAGUGGCAGAGGGAUACUUGAAUGAUCUUGUGAACCGAAGCCUACUACAAGUUGUGAUGAACAAUGAGUUUGGACGAGUGAAAUGUUGCUGA